AUGGUCGGGAGUGCGGGGGUGGUGCUGUGCUGGCGCGUUCCCCCCGCCGGGGAUCUGGACGAGGAGAAAAAUGACUGGCGAAUGACACUUUGGCGGCGAAAUCCCUGCGAGGGCGCGGCGAAGGUGCAGGUGAAAGGCCUUUUUGCCCUCGUUUCGUCCGGGAAGGUUCCGGUGGUGUAUCUGUUCGACGCAACCGGUGGGGAGUUGGUGAGGGUGGUGGAGACGCUGCUCCCGCUCCCACGCGCGCCGGUUUGUUUGCUGCCGGACGGCCACGCCUUUGUGGCGCCGGCGCCGGGGUCGGGUUUGUUGGCGUGGGAAUCCAAAGACGGCAGCCUCUGCACCGCACCCGAGGGGUACAAUCCGCUCAAUGUGAAAUUUCCGAUCGAGGAGAUCGUCUGGGCGGAUGCCUACCAACUCGCGGCCUUUCGCAGCCCGACCCCGAUCCCGGCGUCGUGUGUGCCCGCCUACAGCGCGCUUCUUGAGGCGUUUCACGCAUCCGCCGGGGGGUCGUUCACCGCCCCCCCCUCUCUUCCGGGCGAAUGCACCUUAAUCACCGUCGCCGGCUGCCCGCGAAGCACGCAUAACGCGAUCCUCGCCUCCGACGCGCGCGCCUCGGAACGAUUCGCCGAGUUGGUCGGCGGCGAUGCCAUCACGCGGCAGGAAACGGCCGCGCGGAGUCGUCAACUCACCAACGAGCACUGGGAUCGAACGCAUCCGCGAAUUUAUCCGAACGGGAGGGGCAAGAAAAACGCACCGUGGCCGAAUCAAAUGCUGCGAAACCCCAUCACGGAGGUGGCAACCACCUCGGAUGUGCUGAAGUAUAGUGAUAAGGGUCUUCGAUUUCAGCGCAUUAUAAACUUCUGGAAGGGGCUGGUCAGGCAGCAUCGCUACGGAAAGUCAGGGGUCUAUCUCGCCUCCACCACUGACGAACCCCUGCCAUCGGAAUAA